CCCACGGUUCCUGGAUUCCCUGUCUACCAAGGUCCAAUUCACUGCUUUCGGACAGUCCUACAGAAAGAAGGGAUAGCAGGAAUAUACCGAGGUGCAGGAGCAAUGCUUCUGAGGGAUGUUCCUGGGUACUGCCUCUAUUUCAUCCCCUACACGUUAUUCUGUGAAUGGAUUACUCCUGAUGGAUGCAUGUCCCCUAAUCCCUCCUCCAUCUGGCUGGCAGGGGGUGUAGCAGGAGCCAUUUCCUGGGCAACUGCUACUCCAAUGGAUGUUGUGAAAAGUCGACUUCAGGCAGAUGGAGUUUAUUUAAACAAGUACAAAGGGACCCUUGACUGUAUCUUGCAGAGCUACCAGAAAGAAGGCUUAAAAGUCUUUUUUAGGGGCAUCACGGUCAAUACAGUGCGAGGAUUCCCAGUGAGUUCAGCCAUGUUUCUUGGCUAUGAACUUUCCCUCAAAGCAAUGAAAAGAGACCAAACUGAGACCAUUCCUUAA